AUUGUAUAAUUUUUGUUCUGUCUUGCAGAAUCUAGCAAAAACACUAACUUUAUUUGAUUUCUUUCCACUUCCUUCUUGCAUAAUAAAUCAUGUUUCCUGGUGAGGCCCCUCUGGUAAAUAUUGAGAACCAAAAUAUGAAACUUGGGCCCAAAUUGAAGAAUAUCCUGCACCCUUCUAAUGUUCCAGCUGUUGAUACCAAGAGGCAUGUUUGUAAAUCUGUUGAUUUGCAGAAGCCACAAAUUUGGAGCACUAAGAUACUUCAACACAAGCUCCAGGAGCAGAAAAAGCAAGUUCCUGAUAUCUCAUUAUUGGUCCAACAGAAAGUAUCAUCUCCUUCCACAUCAAACCGAAUAAAAAAGAAGAGUGUCCUCCUCCUAAACCAUCCUGAGGAAGAACGUGUCUUCAGGCCUGUUAGUGAUGGCUUACCUACUGAGGAAGACGUGCGGGCAACACUGCAGGCCCAAUUAAAUCUCAACAGUGAUCAAAAAUGUAGAGUGCCAAGCCAGCCAAAAGAGUCAGGUCCCUGCAUUAGUGACUGGUACAACCCCGCUGACUACAUAUACAGUAUACCGUGCACGUCUCUGUACGAAACGCACACUCCUACCUCUUCAGUGGCACCUACAUGCGUCUCGGCUUCUGCAAUUUCCGAGGAAUUGAAUGCUAUUUCGAUGAAUCUUUGAUUCAAAUUAGCAAUAUUCUUGAACUUGGUUAGUUAUAUUCACGUUAAAAUGACGCACAUUUGAAACCAAAUGUUUGUUACUAGAAUAGUCCAGAUCUGAAACUCAUUUCCAUUGAUGUUUCUUCCAAGUCUAAUGCGCAUGUCUCGCAUGAAAAUGCCGGCGUGACGUAGGUAGAAAACCUCUGAUAUAGAUGAUUCAGGCUUGAAAAAUCAAGUUCACAGCACUUGAGAGCAUUUUAUGUUGGCACAAUCGGUUAUUAGUAAAGCUAUAAAACUUAUGUCUAACUAAAAAAUUGCACUUGUUUAGGAGCAUGUACAAGUAGAAGCCUUAUUCCUCUGGCAAGUGUAGCUGCAGCAACUUCACUUUCCCUGUGGAGUGAAGACUUCGUAGUCAACGACGGAGAAAUUGUAAUCUGUCAUGAGCGUGAUGGGCACCGCCGUAUCUCCUCGCUCGUAAGAGUGAGGCAAGUUUGAAUAGCUUUCAAGAUUUUGAUGGCAGUUCGAUGAAAUGAAGAGAUCCGCUCCAGCACCGAAAAUUGGUCCACAGCUGCCGGAAUGGGAAAAUUAAAUUAUUAAGCUCAAUAUUCUUAACUUUUAAUUUUUCAAUCUCAACUGCUGAAAUAGGCAUUGACAACAGAAAUUGAUACCUACUGUAAUUGUUCAACAAGAGAACCAAACUUAGAUUCUUGAAUACCAACACAUUUUUGUGACAAAUCAAGGUUUCCAUAUUCUGUUUUUUUAUUUUUUUUUGUCAUAAAUAUUCAUGUACAAAUCUCUUACUCGGGGUGGUAGCAAAUCGCAAACAUCUUCUUAAUCACAGGAAAUUUUGUUGGAGGAGCGUCUUGAGGGUUCACCAGGGAGAAUAGAAAGGAUUUGUCAGAAGGCACAUAUCGUCCUUUGAUGUUGGUCUUGCCCCAGGCUAUGUCACUGUAGCCUCCACAGACUUCGCCUUGCUGGCCCUAGAAGGUACAAAUAAAUUAUAGGAAUGUAACUAACAUGAAUUUCUUGAAAGUGGUAAUAAUUGUGCGUCAUCUAGCAAAAAAUCGCUGUCUUUUCUAAUCCACUUAAUAGAAAAAUCAAAUGCAAAUCAAUGAUGUACUGUUGACUAACCGUACAUUUGUUUUAUUUUUACUGUACGAGCAUUUUCGACCUUAGGAAUAGGUAAAGCAAAGGUCUUGCUGACCUUCAGUAAAACUAUAUGAAUUUUAAUAUCACAUCGCGCAUUAAACAUUCCAAACGAUAAAA